UGUACAGUGGCAGCGCACACCCUUGCAUGAGGCUGCUCGCAUGGGCCGUACCGGGACUUGUGAGCUUCUGAUUCGUCACGAGGCAGACGUGACGACCAGGAAUGAGUAUGGGAAGACUCCGUUAGAUUUAGCUGAAAACCGAGAGACUCGACGUGCCAUGAAGGACGCGGUGCGAGAGAAGUCGUACCACGAGUUGCUACUGAAGUCUGGCGGAGUGAAAGUCAACAGGUGUAAGGUGUUCGUGUUUGGGAUGGCGGAAACUGGGAAGUCUACGCUGAAGAAAAGCCUUAGAAGGGGCCCCGUGACUGCAUUUUUCCAAGGACUGAGCAAACCGUCGUCUGAAGAGGAGCCUCACGACCCCACCCCAGGGGUGGAUGUUGGGACAUUCCAUAUUCCAGGGGUGGGGGAGGUCAGCCUGUGGGAUUUUGCUGGGCAGGCGGAGUACGCGGUGACCCACAGCAUGUUCAUGGAUGCAGAGAACACCGUCUUCAUUGUGCUGUACAACAUCAUGGACGACAGCGGGACCCAAGAGCGACAGGUCCACUGGUGGCUGAGUUUCAUCAAGUCCUGCAACCCGAACCGGCAGCCUGACGUCAUCUUAGUGGCCAGCCAUGCGGACAAAAUGUCACGAGACCGAGGUGAAUAA